UAAAAGUUUGACUUUUCUCUAAAGUCUAAAGCUUAUGAGUGCAGACUUUUAUUCUGAAGGCUGAUGUAACCUAACCUCACAUCUCAAACAAGCUUUUAUUUUGAAGGCGUGGCCGGAAGCAGGCGUGUAAAUGGCAUUGAACAGCUCAUGUAAAAACAUGAGCUGUUCAAUGCAGCUCCUGUUGUGUCAGGAACGGCUCUUGUUGUUGAACCAAGAUUUCGUUUUUCUUUCUGAGCUUUGAUGACUCGCCCCGUGGGAACACGUGACCUCCGUGGGUCGUUCCCACUUUAAGCAGAUAUUUGACUCUUGGUUCUGUUUUUAACUGGGAAGCGGUUCUCCAAUAAACAUGAGGACGGGUUAAGGACUCUGCGAACUUUCGGACCGUUUUAAUCCUCAGGAUGUGAUUGUGAAAUCAGCUGUCGGGUUUAUUUGUGAACUUUUUUCUGAUGACUGGAUCUUUUCGGAGUCGGAUCCCUGAAGAAUGAACUCAUUUCCUCUCGUCUCCCUGAUUCUUCUGCUCCAUUCAGCUGUCGCGUCCCUUCCGGCACCAGUCAACCUCAGGGUUGAGUCUCUGAACUUCCAGCACGUCCUGCACUGGGAUCCGGGACCCGGCAGCCCUCCAGGGACGCAGUUCUGGAUCUAUCGGAGUCUCGUAAAGCUGAAGAAGCUUUCUCAAGAACCAGUAAAUUCAACAUCCUUCAAGCUGAAACUGAAACCCUACAACGAGCACCACGUGGCUGUCGAGGCGUCCUACAACAACACAAAGUCUCCUCUCUCUAAAAUCAGAUUUUACCCCAUCCUGGACACUGUGAUUGGUCCUCCGCUGCUCUCGGUGGCCGGAUGUGGAACGUGCAUCCAGGGGAACAUUUCGAUGCCGGAUUUAGAUCCAUACACAGAGGCUAAAGAAAUACACUAUGAUUUCAGCUUCACAGUGUGGUGGAGAAAAGAAAAUGGUGGAGAUAUUCAGGAGCUGGAAACUCAAAGUAGGAGCUUUUACCUCAGCAACCUGGAGAAAGAUAUGGAGUACUGCAUACGGGUGCUUCCCAAGAGCCGAUCGAACAAAAACACGCAGCCGACCGGGUGGAAAUGCACCUUCACCAGCAUUCCACCACCAGAUUACGGAUUACUGGUUUUAGUCGUCGUCACAACUGUUUUGAUUAUUUCCCUGAUUGGCCUGAUGAUGGGAAUCUACUGCCUCUACUACACCGGAUUCCUGUGCAAGCUAAAGGAAAUGCCGGCAGACCUCUUGGUCGUUUUGAGGCAAAGCUACGUCCUAACCCUGAGCACCACGGACGUCAACCGGGUUGCCAUCAUCCCCCAAACGGUAAAAACCAGAAACCGCCCGGCGACGUCUCCGUCUCCCGCCGGGGACGCCAGCUCUGAGGACGAAGACGGCAAUGAAGAGGCUGCAGUGAAGCUGUACAUGGACAGAAACGCAGAACUUUCUACAGGCGGCGGUUCUGCUGACAGCAGUGGGAACAUCGACGUGAUGAAGGGCGACUUCAUGGAGGUGGAGUCCAACCAGUAUGAGGGCAAAGCAGAAACUGUUUUUAUUCAUGAUAAAGAUCAAUCUGGACAGGAGGACUCCAUGACUCAGCAGGAGGAAAUCAAAAUGGAGACUCUGGAGUUCUCUGGAGACAUCAACCUGUUCUCCGUCACCCUCGCCUCGAUGGCUGCUUGUGAGGAAGACGAGGUAGAGGAGGAUCAGGACUCUGGAAGCUCUUCCAUGGACUUCCUGAGGACUUACACCCUGAAACCUCUGAGGCAGACGGACUCAGAAAGUGAACGGGACGAUGGGAUGCGUCCGUCAGAGUCGGGACAAGAUGGCAGCUGCACAGAGUGCUGGGUGGAUGAGGAGGAAGAGGAAGAGGAGGAGGAGGAAGAGGAAGAGUUCUCUGGAUAUCUGACGAAUAAAUGAAAUGUUUUCUCAAACUGGAGGAUUGUACGUUAAAACAACAGGUCCAUUUCUGAUUCUACGACUCGGUGUGAACCGGCAGAUAGAAUAAUCACCCACACUGCAAAAACACAAAUUAUUAAAAAGUAUUUUUAUUUAGUUUCUAUCUUAAUACACUUGAAAUAAUAUAACAUUCACUUAGAAGUAACUCUCCAGCAAUAGGAGCUUUUUUUAGGUCAAUAAUUCAUUAAUAAUGAUGAAAAGGUACUGGUUCCACUGGCAGAAUAUUUCACUUAUUUCACAAUCAACUGGCACUGUACUGCUACCUAGCAACCCUCGACAAGUCCAGCUUGUCGCCUAGCAACCCAGUUGUAUUUCUGGCAGAUAAUUUCACUUAUAACAAGACGUUUAUCCCUUGUUAUAAGUGAAAUAAUCUGCCAAUGGAACUAGUACUUUUUAUCAAUAUUAAGGAAUCAUUAUUAUAAAACAUGCUCCUAUAUUUUGCUGAAAAGUUACUAAGUUAGUUUUGUCUUAUUUUAAGUAUACUAAGAUGUUUCCACUAUAAACUACACAUAAAUACUUGGUAAUAUUUUGUGUUUUUGCAGUGUGAAUGAUUAUUCCAUUUUUUGGUUCUCAUCCAGAAUUGUAGAAUCAGAAAUGGACCUGUUGUUGUUCUUCAGCAGGUCCAUGCAGGUUGCUCUGGAGCCACACAGAAGUCUGACUUUUGUUGCAUUUCAUAUUUAAUUAGUAGUUUGAAUGACGAAAAAAAUUAUUUUCAUUAAUUUGAUAAUCAAAACCUGCUAUGUGAAUGUAACCUUUAAAUUUCUCAAUUUUUCUCCAGAACUACUUCAGUAAGAAGACAUUUACUACAGGGAACACACUGACUAUUGUUAAUUACUCCGGAUAACCCUGUCCCAAUAAUGUAGCUGUGACAUCGUCUCCAGUUUUUCUACUGUAAUCACCUCUAAUCGUAAAGCUCUCUGCACAUUCCCACUGUCUGCAGUCAGUUUGUCAGAUCUGUUCAGUUAUUUAAUCCAACCCUAACGGUAUCGGUGCUCAAAGUUUUUAUCGUCUACAUUUUUGGUUUUCCUACAGCAGCAUUUCAUUGUUCAUUUUUCAGUUCCAGUUGGUUUAUGCUGGGUCAAAAUGAAACCAGACCAGAGCCUCAGAAUGAAGGCAAAUGUUUACCUAUUUCACCUGUUUUAAAGGUGAAAACAACAAAAUAAAAAUUUGUUAAAAGUU